GUUGCGAAGCUCUCAUUCCAUCCGCAUCUAGGGGCCGAUGAACUCACAUCGUCCUGGAAGAGGACUUCUGUUGAAGCCUGCUCACAGCCUCAAGAGGAAGAGCGAGCUUCGUUGACGUCCUUCGUGCCAUAAGGUGCGUGUGGAUUUCUUCAGUGGGAUUAGCAGAUUGGCUGAUCCCGUGACAGUUUGGGUGGGAAAAGGUGAGGUCUUGUAGAUCUCGUUGGCACCGCCUCGAAGCCCAUGCACGAAGCCGGAAGAUAAACAGUGGACGAGUGAUGAGACGAGGAUACAUCAUGCUGCCUUUCGGGAUGCGUCAAGCACAGAUCAGUUGGUGUCUGUAAUAGACGUGGGACGCCUGGAGGGGACCCCUGGGUUCUCGGUGCUGUUCUCCGUUCGUGCCGAAGAGUGCGAAGAAGGUUUGGCGUGCCGGUUCGAGAGUUUGUCGUCUCCUACUUCGUCGUCACGUCAGUGUCCAGAAACUUGACGAGAUGGGCGACAAGACCCGGAAGUUACGCAAUUUCGUCGAGGCCCACUUUUCCGGAGGUGUCAACACCAACCUCUGGAUGAACACAUUCAGCAAGCAAGAUGGCAAAGACCAGUCCGCCGCCGGCAAUAGGCAGCUGCUGACCGCCGAACAGAAGCGCCAGUACGACGACCAGGGAUUCGUGGUGGUUCCUCGGCUCGUGUCGUCGACGUUCCUGACGCAGGCGAGCCGCAUGGACGUCAGCCUGACCCAGAGGCAGCGCCUGAGCGGCGAGGCCCAGCAGAAGGCCGCCGACGCCAUGCACGCCGUGCUCGCGCACUAUCGCAACCUGCCCGAGGUCCUGGACUGGGUCGAGCAGUUCUGCGGCCCCAGACUCCUCUCGCUGGCCGCCAUGUUUGUCAGCGUGCCGCCCGAUCCCGCCGGCACUUCGAAGCAGUUCAGUCUCCACCAGAACUCCAACUUCCUGCCGUUCGCCUUCGCCGACGAAGACCGGGUGGUGUCUGUCUGGACUUCGCUCGACUGCCCCGGUGACAGGGCCUUGGUCGUGGUCCCGGGGACCCACAAGGGACCCACGCUGGUACACAGCAUAGAUGACGGUGUGAUCAGCGACCCGACGGAGCUGGGCGAACCCUUGGCCCUGGAUGCUCAGCCCGGGGACGCCGUGUUCCUCCACCCGAGGCUCGUCCACGGCACCGCGCCUAACCGAUCGGAACGCUACAGGAAGGAACUCAUCUCCCACUUCGCUCCGGUGAACGUCCAGUACGUGGAGAAGCCAUCCGCCUGCCAGGAAUACUGGAAGGAAAACGCUUACGUGGUGAGAAAUGCUGGUGGCCGUCUGUAGGCUUUCGCUGACUUUUGUAUGCUCCGGACGACUGCAAAAUCUCUACGACGCUGGAUGCUGAGAACAUACACUUCCCAAUAAAAAAAGUAUAUAUGCAA